CCGCUUCCGGUUCGGACGGACGCCACGGCAGUAAAGAUGAUCGGGGACAUCCUGCUGUUCGGGACUCUGCUGAUGAAUGCGGGGGCCGUGCUGAACUUUAAACUGAAAAAGAAGGAUCCGCAAGGUUUUGGGGAGGAGUCGAAGGAGCCGAGCACAGGCGACAACAUCCGGGAGUUCCUGCUGAGCCUCCGAUACUUCCGGAUCUUCAUCGCCCUGUGGAACGUGUUCAUGAUGUUCUGCAUGAUCGUAUUGUUCGGCUCCUGAACCUGCAGACAGAACCCAGGCCUCCCCUCCCCGGGCAUUGAAGCUGCCUCCUCCCUUCCCGAUGUUGACUUCCAGCAAACCAGGGACCUUCCCGGCAAGCCCAAGGUCGCGGUGGGUGGGCAGGGUCACGCGUGGCCUUGCGUGCCAGUGUGGCGUGGCUCACUGGGGUUUGGAACUGGGAAGGCUGCCUGAAGGCUUAAAGGGCUGGGCUAACAUGGCAGUCCCACAUGAAAGAAGGACUUCUAGAACCUUCCAUCGUGGUGGACUCCUCUGGCCAGUGCUCACGUGUAACCUGCUUCCGGAUAUUUCCUGGUUGACUUAUAAUAACUACGCUUUUGGUUAGAGCUGUACAGAUUUUUUAUAAAUCGUUUCACUCCACA